AUGUCAGCCGAUUGGAAUCCAAGAUCCAAAUAUAACGGUCGCUGGGGAUCUAGUGGCUUUUAUGGUGAUCGAGAUGAUAAAAAUCCAACAAAUUCACAAACUGGUCAUUCAAGAUAUAGACAACCGUCAUCUGGAGAUUCUCAAAGGAAAUCAAAUGAUUCAUCUUCAUCAUUAUCAAAUAGACCUGGAUUAGAUGAUCAAUUAUCUUCAAAAUCAAAUAGACCUUAUGAAAAUUUUGGUGAUUCUUAUAGACCUUAUACCACUAAUAAUAAUCAAAGAAAUAGUUAUAGUGCAACCAAUCCAUAUUCUUAUAAUCCUAAGAAAUCAAUUGGAAAUGGUGGCUCAACUUAUACUGCCUCACCACAAGAUAAUAAUUCAGGUUCUUCAUAUUAUAACUAUAGAAAUUCUGGAAGAAGUAGGAGUAGUGGGAAUGGUUCAAGUUCUGGGUUAAAUUCUUCAUCAAAUUACUAUAAUAAUAAAAAAUCAAAUAUUACAAAUCAUAGAUCUUUUUAUGAUCGCAAAAAUUCUUCUCAAAGAUGGAUAAGGAGUGCUGAUGGUUCUUCAAAUUCAAAUCAACACGAUGAUGGUGGUAUUAAAUCUUAUCGUACAAAUCCAAUGGAAACUUCAGAUCAUUAUUAUCCUCAAAGAGAUAGACGUUCCAGUUUAAUUUCUUCAAACUCAUCAUCAUCAUUUACACCAAAUAAUAAUUUCAAUAAUUCAAGAAAAUCUGAUAAAUUCAAUAAUGAUCAUACUUUUAUUAAUGAACGUUCCAUAAGUCCAUUAAAUUCAGAUCCAUAUAGUGAACCUUCAGUCUCAAAACCUUCUGCAUCAAUCCCACCAUCAACUCAAGGUUAUGUUAGAAAAUCAAGACCUUCACUUAUACCGAGUAAUUUCAAAGAUGAUGGUAAAAAUGAUGAAGAUGAAGAUGAUUAUGAAUUAGAACAAGCUUUAAGAGAAUCUUCAACUCAAACUAAAAGUGAUGUUGGUGAUGACCAUGAUCAUCACGAAAAUAAUCAUAAUAAUAAUCAAAAUAAUGAAUCAAAACAAAAUGAUAUAAAAGAUCAUCAACAAGAACUAAUAAGUGAAAAAUUACCUUUAACUUUGGAACAUAAAGAAGAAUUAGAUGAACAUUCUUCCAAAAGUGAAUCAAUCACCCGUCAAUCUUCAGAAGAAUCUCAUUAUGAUAUUGAACCAAUACCCAGUGAUGAAACCCCACAAAAAGAUGACGAAGAUCCAAAAGAAAAAGAACAAGAACAAUCUAAAUCAACAAUUAUUUCAAAAAAUCAUGAUUUGGAAAAAGACAAGGUUAAUGUAAAUAAUGAUGAAUCUCAAUUACCUUCAAAACAACCUGAUUUGGAACAAUCUAAACAAGAAACAACCGAUGAUAAUAAGGAAGAUGAAGAGUUUGAUAAUUAUGAUCCUGAAACUGGGUUUAGUCGUGAUAUUACCCCUCAAAUAAGUUCACAAACAAAAACUGCAACUCAAGAGAUAACUCAUGUUUCAAAAAUUGAAGAGAAAGAAACAUCAAUAAGCUCAGCUCCAUUGAAGACUAUUAAAGAUGAAAAACCAAAAGUUAUUAUACCUCGUGAAACUAUUAAUGGUUGUAUUUUCCCAAUGCAAAAAGCUGAAUUAAGAGCUUGGGAAUUGAAAAAUCAUUCUAAAAAGGAUAUAUUAGAUGCUAAUCCAUAUUUAUUGAAAAAACCAAUUAAAGAUUUGAAAGAUUAUCCAUUUUAUGAACGAAAUUUAUUAGCUCAUAAACAAGGUUUUAAAAUUAAAAUUAUUGAAAAAUUAUCUGUUUUAAAAGGUUUUACAUUUGAUCAUAAAAUAUCUUUAUGGAAUGAAUAUAAUAAUAGAAAUGAUGAAUGGCAAGAACGUCUGCAUGAUAUGGAUCAACAAAUGAAAUCAUUAUAUCCUCAUUUAAGAGGAGAAUCUGAAGAUCAUCAAGAACAAUCCAAUAACGAUAUAGAACAAACAACAACAUCUUCUUCAUCUAAAAGAAAAAGAGGUGGUCGUUAUCAUGGUGAUACUGUUAGAUCUGAAGCUGAAUUUUUGGAAAUUCUGAAAAAUUUAGAAAAAGAAAAAGAAUCUGAUCCAAUUUUUAAAGCUGAAACAUUAGCUGCUAAAAUUCCUGAUAUGAUUUUAAAUCCAAUUGAGAAAAAUAAGAAAAAUUUGAAUGUUAAUAAUUUAGUUUUAGAUAAAGAAUCUUGGGCUAAAAGAAUUUUUUCAGAUCCAAUUGAUACAUUUACUAAGAAGGAACAUGAAUUAUUUUGUGAAGCAUUUUUAUCAAAUCCAAAAAAAUUUGGUCGUAUUUCAGCAUCAAUGGGUGGAUUAAGAAGUUCUCAAGAAUGUGUUUUACAUUAUUAUAAAACUAAGAAAUCUUUAACUGAUUAUAAACAAUUAUUAGCAUCUAAGAAGAAAAAAAAAGGUAAAAAUAAAGGUAGAAAUCGUUCAAAUAAAUCAAAAGAUGUUAGUUCAAAUAAUACACCAAAUCCAAAUACACCAAGUGUUGAAACACCAAAUGAAAGUGGUGAUGAAAAGGAAUUACAAUUGGAAAAUUUCAUUCCUAAAGAAGCUACUAUAGGUGAAGAUAUUUAUACUGAUACUGGACGUCGUCGUCGUGCAGCUGCACCUGUUUUUGAUUCUUCUAAACCAAAAGAAGCUGAACAACAAGCUCAACAACAACAAUCACAAUCACAACAGCAUCCACAGCAAAAUGUUCAGCAAGUACAAAAAUCACAAUCACCACCAACAAAUGAAGAAAAAGAAAAUGAAAGAAAACGUUCAUUAGAAGUCUCAAAUGGAAAUGGAGAAAUUAAUGAAGAUGGUUCAUCAUCAACAAAAUUACCAAUUGCUCCACAGAAAAAGAAGGCAAGAGUUGGUAGAACAAGAAAGAAGGAAGAAGCUAAAAUUGUUACACCAAUUAAUGAAAAUCCACUUGCCGCAGAAUUUGCAAAUACAUCAGUUUCAGUUCCAAUUACAAGUUAUUGGAGUGUUAAAGAUAUUAAUUAUUUUGGUUCAUUAAUUGGUGAAUAUGGUACAAAUUGGCCUUUUGUUGCAAGUAAACUUCGUUCAAAAACUACAACGAUGUGUCGUAAUUAUUUUGCUAAACAUGCUGAUGCAAAUGGAUGGAGAUCAAUUGCUGAAGAAGCUGAUGAAAAGAAUAAAUCUUAUAGAGCUCAUCUUGAAAGACAACAAGCUCAAGAUAAGGCUCAACAACAGCAACAGCAACAGCAGCAAGUUCAACCCCCAGUUUUCCAUCAACCAGCUCCUGGUCAACCUCAUCCACAACCUCAACAUUUAUAUCCUCAAGUUAUUCAACAAUUUCAAACACAACAAGAACUUAAAAAACCACCAUUGGGUGUUUUCAAUUCUCAUGGUGAUUUACCAAGUAAUAUUCAAGCUUCCAAACCACAAUCAAAUGGUAUGUUACCAUCAGUUCAUAAUUUAACUGCAAAUUCAAUUCCAACAUUUGGAAAUCCUCAACCCCAAUCUAUUCCAUCAUUAUUACCAAAGAAAGAACCUGGUAUCUCUACAAAUCGUUCAAAUCCAUUUUCAAUUACAAGUCUGUUAAAUCCAUCUGAAGAUAGAAGAACAUCACCACCACCUCCACCUUUAAUUCAUCAACAACAUUUACCAAAACCUGGUAGUUUUACUGUACCAAAAAUUGAAGAAUCUAUUUCAUUACCAAACCCUCAACAUCAACCUUCAAGGAUUGUUUCAAAUGGUACAACUUCAAGUGGAUCAAGUGUUUUAAGUAUGUUGAAUUCAGAUGAUGGAUCCCAACAACAACAACAACAACCAAAGCCUUUCAAUCCAUUAACAACUUUAUUAGCUGCAGCUGAUGGACAAAGAAAUGAUCAACAUGCAAUUAAUGGAGGAUUUACAAAUGGUCAAAAUACUUAUCCAGUAGGUACACCUACAUCUACUUCAUCAAUUCCAUUGGUACAAUCAGCUCCACAUUCACAUAGGGGAUUAGAUAUUUUCAAUCCAGCUCCAGAACCCUUAAAGUCACAAGGUUCUCAAGGUUCUCAAGGUUCACAAUUUCAACCUUCAUCUCAAUCAAGUUCAAGUUCAUAUAAAUUACCUUCAAAUUUUAAUAAUAUUUUAUCAGGAGAUUCAUCAAACUAA